AUGCCUCAACUCCAAGAAAACAACACCCCAUCAGGGAUCAAAUUAUUCGGAGCCACAAUCACCCCUAGAGAAAAAUCAGACCCAAAACGCGACCCCGAACACGAGAAACCUGACCCUGCCCAGGAAAAGCGGCCGGACAAGAUCAUCCCGUGUCCGAGGUGCAAGAGCACGGAGACCAAAUUCUGCUACUUCAACAACUACAACGUCAACCAGCCGCGCCACUUCUGCAAGGGCUGCCAGCGCUACUGGACCGCCGCGGCGCCCUGCGCAAAUGUUCCCGCGUCGGGCGCGGCCGUCGCAAGGCAAAAGCAAGGCCCUUGCCUUCAGCUGAUCUUGUUCUAA